UAAAUACAUAAUGCAAAAUACUCUGAAAAAAGUAUAUCAUGCUAGGAAAUCAAGCACAUUAUAGUGUAAAAGCUAGAAGUGGUUUCACUGACUAUUAACUCUUAGCAGGGGUUCAACACCCCAAGCUGUUACAUAUUGGGGGAUACUUUCUUAUAAAAGCAAGUGUUUCCUUUUCUCUGGUUUCAUUUCUCCUCUGUACUUUGAUCAGAUCUUUACUAAAAGUAAACUAAUCCUGAGAAAAGAAAAUAUUUAAAUAUUAUUCUCAUAAUGACAAAAUUCACCAUAUUUUUAUUGAUCAUUACAUCCUACUAUAAUUUUUGUGUUAUUGCACAGAUAUUAGAAGAUGAAAAUUGUGAAACAUUACAAUCAGAAAUUCAUAUUACUAAAGAUGAAUAUGAUGAGGUUGGACAUAUAAAAAGAACAUGCAGUGGUGAUAUAUCAGUUACUAAGUGUGAAGGAUUUUGUACCUCACAAGUACAACCAAGUGUUAUUACUGCCACUGGUUUUGCUAAGGAAUGUUAUUGUUGCCGUGAAAGUUAUUUGAAGGAGAGACUUGUUAUUUUAAAUCAAUGCUAUGAUGCAGAUGGAAUAAAGUUAAUGAACAAUGAAGACGGAGUCAUGGAAAUAAAAUUGCGAGAGCCAGCAGAAUGCAAGUGUAUAAAAUGUGGAAAUUUUUCCAGAUGAAAUUUGACAAUGAAAUAAACUUAAAUUGAGGCAAAGUUGUGAUAAAAAUAACUUGAAUUAAAAAUGUGGAGAUACUUGUACCACUGCUUACAAUAAAUUAUAUUCAUAAAAAUAUGUUUUCUGUAUAUGCUUUACCUUUCCAAAAUAUCAAAUAUUAUUUUUUUAUAAUAAAAAAUAAAUGAACUUCAUUAUGAAUAUUAGGAAUAUUAAUAAAAUACUAUUGAUAUUAGGAUACGAAACCAAAAAUAUUUUAAUCUAAGUUAAAUAAUUAUGAAUUAGUAACAAUAUAGAGUUAAAGUUUUCAAAGUUUUUACU